GAGCUGGCCACGACUCGAUUAUACGAUAAGCCGAGAAAAAUGCCACAAACAAUUAUCCGUACUAAUUACAGCGCUUUAGUGGGCAGUGAGUAUAAACCCCGAUUUCGAUUUAGUCACGGAUCGAACGCCAUGCGACACGCGAUCUGGUUUCUCGCAGUGUUCGGCGCUUUUCCGCUCGACGGCUCCUGGGUUUCGGCUGGAUUUCUGGAGGACACUUAUCCUGCGAGUGUUGUUGAAGAUGCCCAUCUGAAUACUAUACAACUCCUGGAGAAGUACAAGUACCCAGCGGAAACCCACAAGUUUGUAACUGAGGAUAAUUAUGUCCUUAGUCUCCAUAGAAUACCGCGUCCUGGUGGAAAACCAGUUCUGUUGGUGCAUGGCCUGCAGGACUCCUCUUCCACCUGGAUUGCGAUGGGUCCACACAGUGGAUUGGCUUACUUUCUGUACGACAAUGGAUACGAUGUGUGGAUGGGCAAUUGCAGGGGGAAUCGCUACUCCAGAGAGCACUUGAAACUCAAUCCGAAUACGGACAGGGCCUACUGGAGUUUCUCCUGGCACGAAAUCGGCAUGUACGAUCUGCCAGCCAUGAUAGAUGGAGUUCUACAGAAAACUGGUUACCAAAAGCUGAGUUACAUCGGUCACUCCCAAGGAACCACUUCGUUUUUCGUGAUGGCUUCGAGUAGACCCGAGUAUAAUUCCAAAAUCCAUGUGAUGAGCGCCUUGGCUCCUGUGGCUUUCAUGAAACACAUGGGAACUCCCCUCGUGUCCUUCGCCCGAUUGACAUUCACUAUGUUUGGGGAAAACUACGAGCUGUUUCCACACUCGUUCUUGUUUUUGAACCAGUGCUUUUCCUCCGCUCACCUGGUAAAGACCUGCAUGCAUUUCUACUGGAACCUGGCGGGAAAGAAUCGAGAGGAACAGAAUGUGACCAUGUUCCCUGUGACAUUGGGCCACAUACCCGCUGGCUGCAAUGCAAAACAACCGAUGCAUUAUCUCCAACUUCAAACUUCCGAUCGAUUUUGCAUGUAUGACUACGGUGACGAGAAAAACCAGCGGCUGUAUGGAAAAGCGCAUCCUCCGGAUUAUCGCCUGGAAAGGAUUACCGCUCCGGUGGCCUUGUACUAUGGCACCGCGGACUUUCUUUCGGCGGUGGAAGAUGUCCAGCGAUUGGCGAAACUACUGCCCAAUGUGGUGGAGAAUCAUUUGUACCGCAAGUGGAAUCACAUGGACAUGAUAUGGGGCAUAAGUGCCAGGCACUCGAUUCAACCAAGGAUUUUAGAGAUAAUGCAGCACUGGGAAUCUGGCGGAAUAGGGGCCAAUAACAUGGGAUCACCACUUGAAGAGGAGGUGGAACUUAAUCCUAAGGAAACCAUUGUUUUCGAAAAUCCUGUAGAAAUACAGGACGAGGCUGGAAGUUUCGCAGGAAACGAGGAGGAACGCAAAAGCGAUCAGGAAGACUUAGAAAAAUAUCUGAUCAAUGCAAUCAACAAUCCUACAUCGGAGCUGUAGGUAAAAUCCACAACUUUGUUUGAAAAAUGACAAGUGUUUAAAACAAUUUAAUUGUUUUUACGGUUCAUUACGUACAACAUAUUUAUAUGAAAGCAGAUUAUGACGGUGUUUGGUUGAUUUCAACAUUAGGUUGGAAAUAAAUGAAUUUUAGCUAAAAACAAAA